AUGUCAUACCAACGCCUCAGCGACGACGCCCCGGACGCCGAAAUCACCCGCAUCCCCUCCUUCAAUGUCCUACAGCCCGACAAGUCCCCAAGGUCCCCACAAUAUCACCACCACCGGCGGGCCUCAACACGGUCCCGUGUCUCCAUCGCCGGGAAGACAUGGUUCAUACAGCCCCCAUGGAGUUCGGCCGCCACACACACUGCCAUUUCCAUCGCCGCGGGCACAGUGAUGUGUCUGUUUGGCUACGAGCAGGGCGUCUUCGGGGGCAUUAUCGUGGGGACAGAGUUUAAUGAAUAUUUCAACGAGCCGUCGCCGAGCUUGGUGGGGUUCGUGACAAGCGUGUAUGAUUUGGGUUGUUUUGCGGGGGCGGUGCUGACGCUGUUUGUGGGGGAGAUGCUGGGGAGGAAGAGGAUGUUGAUCGUGUUCACGAUUAUUAUGGCGUCUGGGAUUGUGUUGCAGACGGUGGCGCAGGAUAUGCAAUGGCUGCUGUGGGGAAGGUUCAUUGCCGGCAUUGGAAAUGGGGGCAAUACGGCUACGGCGCCUGUGUGGCAUGUGGAGACCAGUCAUCAGAACGCGAAGGGGCAGGCGGUGGUGAAGGAGAUGGUGGUCAAUGUGCUUGGAUUUGUUGUGAGCAAUAUCAUUACACUCGCGUGUUCGGGCAUCACUACGGAGGCGCAGUGGAGGUUUCCAUUGGGGAUCCAGCUUUUCUACAUUGUGGUCAUUUUGAUGCUGGUGCCGAUCUUGCCAGAGAGUCCGAGGUGGCUGUGCGCUAAAAAUCGAGAUGCGGAGGCGAAGGCGAUGCUGGAGGUCUUGAGUGAGGAGGAUGUGGAGGAAGAGUUCAAGAGCAUCAAGGAGAGCGUAAGGAAAGAACAGGCUGUACAAGUUUCGUGGGCAAAAAUAUUCAAAGGCGGAACGGCCACCAGGCGGAUGUUGUUGGGGAUGGGGUUGCAAGUAGCACAACAGCUCACUGGCAUCAACGUCCUGUGCUACUACCUUCCUCUCGUCCUUCAUAAAUCGGUCGGCCUCUCUGAACUGGCCUCUCGCCUUCUUGCGACUGGCAACGCAGUCUGUUACAUGCUCGCCACGGCCGCCUCCCUCCUCUUCAUCGAGCGCCUCGGCCGUCGACCUCUGCUCAUGGCCAUGGCAGCCGCCCAGUCCGUCGCCUUCCUCGGCAUCUCAAUCAGCACGGAAAUCGGUCACGAAAACGGUGCACACAUUCCCGGCAUCGUAGCCACCAUCUUCAUCUCCAUGUACUUUCUGGCCUUUGGCUUCGGCUGGGUCGCCACGCCCUGGCUCUACCCAGCAGAAGUCAACAGCCUGAGCAUGCGGACGAAGGGCGCGGCGUUGGCGACGGCGUGUGACUGGCUCUUCAAUUACUUUGUCGUGCAAACGACGCCGAUUGGAAUACACCACCUCAAGUGGGGCCUCUACCUGGUUUACUCGGUCCUCAAUGCGGCAUUUGUGCCCCUCAUCUACUUCUUCAUCGUUGAAACGGCAGGGAAGUCGCUCGAGCAGAUCGAUCGCUGGUUUGCCGCGCACCCGGGCUGGUUCGUGCACAAAAUCCGAGAUCGGAGUGAUGAGGAGGACGAAGGGGAAGAGAGGGAUGUGAGGGCCCCACUUAAGCAUCAGGAGAGCGAUGAAAGCGACAGCAUGGUAAAAGACUUUGAAAGGAGAUAUGACGGGAGUCUGGAGAGGAGUCGAAGAAGAACCAGCGGCGAGAGCCUGUACAAAGUGGGAAGCAGGGAUAGCGAAGGAGAUGAUUAUGAGACAUAA